ACGGAAUCAUUCCUUUUAGUUAGGCCUCCCACUAAAAUUUACCGAUUACUUACCAGGGACGGCCCUCACAGCAGCGUACCCAAACUAUUGGAAUGAGCACACUAUGUGGUGGGGAUGGCGUGAAGAGUAACGACGAACUUAAUGGUUCAUUUUCACGCCUUAGUGUCCCAGAGUGAGUGAAGGACCGGAACAAGAAUUAACCACUGCGCCAGAGCCAAAGGUCUCUGAUUCUCUCUCUCUCUCUCUCACUUUUCUUUCAACGACGAUGGCCUGAAGUAUCUCCUCUUCCAAGUUCCAAUCUCAAGAUGGAAGCGGUUACUUAUCCAAUCCCCUCUACCAAAUUCCAACCGCUUCAUAUUUACACCAGAGCUACGAGAAUUCGAUCCUCCAAGCUCUCUCUUCGCUCGCCCCCAAUUUCAAUCAAACCUUUGUAUUCCUCCAAAUUUCUCAUUCUCCAUCACCACAGGCUUCGUUGCGUCGCUGAAUCCACCAGUAACCACCACCAUCACUAUCACCAUCACAAUCACAAUCACACUGAUCAGAACCACGACCAUGAACACGACCAUGACCACCAUCACCACUCGCACGGCAUCGAUGGCACUAAUCUUACAGGGCCUCAAAGAGCGAUUAUCGCGUUCGCCAAAGCCACCAGAUGGAUGGACUUGGCAAAUGUCCUGAGGGAGCACUUGCAUCUCUGCUGCUUCUCCGCCGCUUUAUUUGUCGUCGCCGCCAUUUGCCCUCAUACCUUGCCCAAGCCCCUCGUCAAGCCUUUCCAAAAUUCUCUCAUCUUCGUCGCCUUUCCUUUUGUUGGGGUUUCUGCAUCGCUUGAUGCUCUUAUUGAGAUUAGUGGUGGAAAGGUGAACAUCCAUGUAUUAAUGGCAAUGGCAGCUUUUGCGUCCAUAUUCAUGGGAAACUCUUUGGAAGGAGGGUUACUUCUUGCCAUGUUUAAUCUCGCCCACAUAGCCGAAGAGUAUUUCACCAGCCGUUCAAUGGUUGAUGUUAAAGAGUUGAAAGAAAAUAAUCCAGAUUUUGCCCUUGUUCUAGAUACGAAUGAUGAUAAACUUCCCAAAACAUUCGACUUGGCAUACCAGAGGGUUCCUGUGCAUGAUGUAACUGUAGGAUCAUAUAUUCUGGUUGGGGCUGGUGAGUCUGUGCCAGUAGAUUGUGAAGUAUUCCAAGGCAGUGCCACAAUUACUAUCGAGCACUUGACAGGGGAAGUCAAACCUUUGGAGGCCCAAGCUGGAGAUAGAAUUCCUGGUGGUGCAAGGAACUUAGAUGGGAGGAUAAUUGUGAAGGUAACAAAAACAUGGAAGGAAUCAACUCUCAGCAGAAUUGUUCAAUUGACUGAAGAAGCACAGUCAAAUAAACCUAAACUUCAAAGGUGGCUCGAUGAAUUUGGUGAACAAUAUAGCAAAGUUGUUGUGGUGUUAUCAGUUGCUAUUGCUGUUAUUGGGCCACUUGUAUUUAAGUGGCCAUUCAUUAGUACUUCUGCUUGCAGAGGUUCAAUUUACCGAGCCUUAGGGCUUAUGGUGGCAGCAUCACCUUGUGCCUUGGCUGUGGCCCCCUUGGCAUAUGCAACAGCAAUCAGCUCCUGUGCCAGAAAGGGGAUAUUACUCAAAGGUGGACAUGUUCUGGAUGCUCUAGCUUCUUGUCAUACUAUUGCAUUUGACAAAACAGGGACGUUAACAACUGGUGGACUUGUAUUCAAGGCAAUUGAGCCCAUUUAUGGUCAUCAUGUAAGAAACAAUGGAUCAAACAUUUCUUCAUGUUGCAUUCCCACCUGUGAAAAAGAAGCUCUCGCUGUUGCUGCAGCUAUGGAAAAGGGUACUACUCACCCAAUUGGAAGGGCUGUGGUUGACCAUAGUGAAGGCAAAGACCUCCCAUCUGUUUCUGUUGAAAGUUUCGAGUACUUUCCUGGUAGAGGCCUUACUGCAACUGUUAACAGCAUUGAGUCAGGAACUGGAUGUGCUAAACUAUUGAAAGCGUCACUUGGGUCGAUAGAUUUUAUCACUUCAUUUUUUCAAUCUGAAAAUGAGUCAAAGAAGAUCAAGGAAGCUGUUAAUACAUCUUCUUACGGAAGUGAAUUUGUUCAUGCUGCCCUUUCAGUUAAUCAGAAGGUAACCUUGAUUCACCUAGAGGAUAGACCUCGGCCUGGGGUUUUUAAUGUUAUUCAAGAAUUGCAAACUGAAGCAAAGUUUCGUGUGAUGAUGUUAACUGGUGAUCAUGAGUCUAGUGCAAGAAGAGUUGCAAGUGCAGCAGGCAUCAAUGAGUUUUAUUGCAACCUUAAGCCUGAAGAUAAGCUGAGUCAUGUAAAGGAUAUCGCGAGAGAUAUGGGGGGAGGCUUAAUUAUGGUUGGUGAAGGGAUCAAUGAUGCCCCAGCACUUGCUGCUGCAACUGUUGGGAUCGUGCUUGCUCAUCGUGCUAGUGCAACUGCCAUAGCUGUUGCAGAUGUAUUAUUGCUUCGUGAAAAUAUUUCUGCAGUGCCAUUUUGUAUUGCCAAGUCUCGCCAAACAACUUCACUGAUUAAACAAAAUGUGGCUCUAGCAUUGACAUGCAUUGUCAUGGCUUCCCUUCCAUCAGUUUUGGGAUUUCUGCCAUUGUGGUUAACGGUCCUUUUACACGAAGGUGGAACCCUGCUUGUUUGUCUCAAUUCCAUACGUGCUUUGAAUGAACCAUCUUGGUCCUGGAAGCAGGAUAUGUUACAUUUGAUUAGCGAGGUUAAAUCUAGAUUCCUGUCUCUCACGACAAAUUUGACGGGCUCAAGCAGUGUCACAACAGCGAAUGUGUAACGUAGUGCUGUUGUAGUGCAUUGCAUAUUUGUGUUGGGUAUAAUAUAAAAAUAUGUUAAUAUCCCUUCCCUUGUAUAUCUGUAGGCAUCUUUUUCAUCCUGAAGAAUUGAACAUUCCUCAUUAUUUGAGACUAGUUUCCCUUUCUUUAAACCUCGUUUACUCUAAGAAAAAUGGCAUAUUAAGGGAAGAAUAUGCACUUCGCAGUCAUAAGAUUUCUAUGAAGAAAUAUCGACGCAGAAAUCAGCUGACUAGUCAUCUACAUUGACUUAUAUAUGGUGCCAUCAAACUGAGCCAUUACAUUAUCUAUCAAUUGUCGACAUCCGUUUGCGAUGGGAGUCUUUUCUUUGACAGGUAGAUUACCGCCCAACUUACGAAAACAAUAUAAGAACGGGUUCCCUUUCAUAUUUUGUGUUUAUGGAUGCAUAAUAAAAUGGCGAAUUAAAUUUUUAUUUUUU